AUGUCUUUAUGCUAUCGACUGUUUGUAAGACAAUUUCAUGUUUCAAAUAGGUCCAAUGCCUCACAGGUUAAGGAAAAAUUAAAUAUAUUGAAGAGUAAAGGUAUUGUUAUUAAUAAGACCAAAAGCCAAGUUAGUAGGCUAAAUGAUAAAAAGAAGUUGAAAUUUAAGAAUGUACAAAAAUCAGCAUACUCUAAACAACAUGCUUUACAUUUACUACAGAAAAACUAUCAUGCAUCUAACAAUGAUUUGAAGCCUUCUGAUAUUGGGCCUAAUAGUACAAUGGAUGUGAAAUUUCUUACAAAAACAACUGAUAAACGUAUGAUAUAUACUAUAUUGGGGGUUACUGGGGAACAACUUCGUGAUUCUGUGUUAAUUGCUAAAACUGUUGAAAAAUUUUUAAAUAGGCAUCAAGUGGAUAAGGCAAUAUAUUUAUGUAAGUUAUCAAAAAGUAGAGGAUCUGGUGCUUUGAAUAAUAUAAUAAAAUAUUACUUGAAUGAAAAUCAACCUAAGUCAGCGAUUGACCUGUUCAAUUGGGCCAAGAAAUGGAAUAUACCAUUAAAUGAAUAUACCCAUACAAUUCUUUUUAGCGGAUUGGCUCAACAGAAAGAACCAAUAUCUAAAAAAAAUUGUGAAACUGUAAUGAAGAUAGUGAAUGCAUUGAUAGAGAAGAAUGAGUUAAAUCAAAUUAUAUUUAAUUCAGCAUUAAGUGCGCUAGCUAAUGGUACCGAAGUGACAGCAAUGUUUGAUCUAUUUGAAAAAGAUAUCAAAGGUAUAAAAAGAGAUUCGAUCACAUAUACAUGGAUUUUACAUGGACUGUCAAAAGUUGAAAACGAUGGAUUAUUUGUUGAAUUUUUGAACGGUUUCUUAAUAUCAAUACCUCCUAGACAUAUUGAUUCUAAAUUUCUGUUUGAGUUAUGUAAUUUACUCAACCAAAGAACCUCUAAUAGUCAAAUACUAGGAAGUACGCUAUCAGCAAUUGAUAAGUAUUUUGAUGUCAAUAUCCCAGAAAAGUUUUUGAAAGAAAAGAAUCAGUUGAUAAAACUACCCGAGCUUUCCCAUUGGAGUAUUACAAGAAAAUUCCAUUCGAAUAAACAUAUCAUAGGGUUGAUUUUAGCCAAUUCUGUAGCUACAAAAAAUUGGGAAUAUGGUUUAAAAUUGUUUCAGGAUUUACUAAAAGAAAAGCCAUAUUUGAUUGACAUUGACAUGUAUCAUAAAUCAUUAUAUUUUACUAUAGAGAAUGACCCUAAUCAUUGUGUUGAAAAGUCAUUGGAAUUGAAUAAACAGAUUGAAGAGAAUACAGCUGUAAAAUUUUCGAAAAGAAGUAUGCUGAUUAUAUAUAAAGCAUUUGAAAAACAAUCCAUAAAAGGUAUGACAGUAUAUAAUGAAGAGAAAAUAUCCGAUUUAUUACAAAAGUGUAUUAACUAUAUGAAGGAAAAUGAGGGAGUUAAAUCUGAAAUAGAUGAGAUUAUUACAAUUCCUAGUGAAGCAUGGAAAUUUUUAUUUAGAAUUUCCAAAAAUUUGAAUAGUCAAGGUAAAAUGACUAUCUCUGACACCAACAAACUUUUCAAUGAAUAUAUGAAAGCGUAUAUCAAUGGGAAUUUUGAUGUUCUAAAGAAGAAGCCAGACCAAGUUAAAGAUGAAAGGUAUAUGCUAUUAGAAGCUAUUAGAUUACUGAAAGUAUUGUUAGAUGAAUAUGUGAUCAAAACGCCAGUAAUUGAUGAGUCUAGUUUAGAUAAUUUAGAAAGACAAAAGUUUUUGUAUAGGCGGUUAUUAUUGAGAUUAAAAAGAAGAUUAGUAGAAAAAUUAGACAAAGUAGAGAAGAAGAAGAUUGAAAUUAUUGAUGAAGAGGUAGAGAAAAACAUUAAACAAAACAUGAAAUUGGUUUUAAAUAAUGAAUACCAACCUGAAGUUAAAUUAACUUGUAACUAG